UCCCUUCUGGUUUUUCUGUGGAAUGUGCAAUGCCGUAUCGCGCAAAGUGUUCCGCACGUGGGUGUACGUCUACGUACAAGGAACAGCACGUAAAAUUCUUCAGAUUUCCCAGGAAUCUCAUGCGUGCAGAAGACUGGGUUCGGGCUUUAAAGAACCCUAACCUGCGUGUUGAAGAAGCUCAUAUAUACUGCAAGACCAAGUUCAUCUGCCAUCGUCAUUUUGAAAUUUCCCAGUUUACUACUCCUGAAAGGUUACGUCUGAAUCGGGGUGCUGUACCCACACUGUUGUUACCAUCGUCUGACAGUUCUGAAAAUGAUCCUUCAGCAUCACAAAUCCAAAAAGAUGUUGUAUCAUCUGUAAGGAUGAAACAUAUUAAGAUGUUACAAGCCAUAUGGGAUGAGUGUGAAGCUAGAGAGACUAAUGUUAAACGACAGACGCAUGCUGAUACGGUCGGAGAGGUUGGAAGUAAGCGUCUUUCCAACGUAGACAGUGACUGCAAUAACGUGAAAGAUUCACAGCCGUCACAUGAUAGUGAAGAAACAGUGGAAAUGCUAGUAAAUGAAGAUAUUCAAUCAGGAGAAGAAAGUUCCUCGGACUGUAGUUUGCUGCAACACCCUGGUUCAAAUGGAAUGCAAGCUGACCCUCGCCAUCUUUGUAGAGAGACAGCGACACAUACCGGUGAAACCGCAGUCACGUCGGGAGAUGUAUCUGAAACUUGGGACGCAGAAACUGAUCAUGGGGACUCUGGUGAAUGUGAAACUGUAAAAUUGAUUCCGGGUGAGCCUUAUACAGUGACGACAAAUACGUGGGAAUAUUUACCAGACACGCUGUGCCGUCUCUGUGCGACUACCAAUGAACAUCCAAAGCAGCCACUUGUUGGCUGGUUGGACAUGUUGAAUGAAAUAAUUCCAGAUUUGGUUGCCCUGAAUGACGGUCUUCCCCAGCAUGUGUGCAGACCUUGCACAAACAAGCUAUAUACAUGCAAUAAGAUAAAGGCAGACUUUAUUGAAGCAUAUAAUAAGCUUGAAGAAUCUUUUGGAUUUACAAAUUCAUCAGGAAUUCAGUUCAUAGAUCUUGAAACAGCUGCACUUGGUCAUCAGACUCUUAAUGGCGUCACGGAGGAACAGGUAGUGUCCGAGUAUGAAGAGCAAGUAGUGGCAGAGGACCCUUCUGAGGGUCUGUCUAUUGUUACACCAAACUUUCAUAAUGACUUACUUGAAGAAGAAAUUACCAUAAAUGCUGUUGGUGAUUUGUCUUUAAAUCCUGAAGAAUCUACCAUGUCAGAUGCUGAAGGCGAAGGAAAUUUGACAGAAGAUAAAUCAGACAUGAUUGAAAACAACUCGUCUUCGUGCGAUACAGUGAUACCAAAAGCACACAGGAGAGAGAAUGAAAAGUUCAAAUAUGUAUGUGGUGAGUGUGAGGAAAUGUUCACAAGAAGGGGAGCUCUGAAUGCGCACAGGCGUUGGCACCAUACCAAUGCCAAAGUGUUUCAAUGUGAAUACUAUAUGAAGCGGCGCGCAUACGCGUCCCGGUUAGACGACCACAGGCACGCUCGCACCAAGGAAUUACCAUAUUUGUGUGAGGUCUGUGGAAAAUGUUUCCAAAACACAACACGGUUGAAGUACCAUGAAUAUGUUCAUAAACCACCCAGUUAUGUUUGUAAAGUAUGCAAUAAGAAAUGGCGUAGUAAGUUUCAGUUAAUGCAGCACAAGAAGGUUCACUCUGCAGACAGAAAACUGAUAUGCGAGCUUUGUGGGAAAACGCUAUUUUGUCCUUUCAGCCUUCAGAUCCACAUGCGGAUUCACACUGGUGAAAAACCUUUCCAGUGCGACAUAUGCGGAAAGUGCUUUAUUUCUGCCGUCGUAUUGAAGAGGCAUAGAGUGCUUCAUACGGGCAGAAAAUUUCAGUGCGAGACUUGCGGUAAACAGUUUUAUUACAAGCACACCUUAUUGCAACACCUGGAAUGUCACGGUAAUCUAAAGCAUUAUAAAUGUCAGAUCUGUUUGCAGGGAUUUAAUAAUUCACGCAGUAGGUACAAACAUUGUAAGGAAACUUGUAACCUGCCUGUCUGUAUUGUGUGCAAAAAUAUUUUUCCCACCGAUAAGAUUCUAGAAGAACAUCGCACGAAAGAACACACCGAAGAAGAGAUAGCGGUAGCCGCAAAAUGCCAUAGAAAAUGGUUUUGGAAAUGCUGUUCAAUUUGUUCUGAGGUCAUAUAUGGCAAAGGGAACAUGUUGAAGCACAUGAAGGAGUAUCACAAAGAUUUCAAUUACACGCCGUAUGCAUGUGACCACUGUCCCAAAGCGUAUUGUACUGCACGUUCCUUGCGUAAUCAUAGAAUGCAGCAUAGGGAACAGUUCACUUAGUUGAUCCUCUUCUACCGAUUGGUGUAGAGGUGGCAUAAAGAGCAUACCAUCUCUUCUGGUCGUUGGCUGUUCUUCUCUCUUUCGGCAUAUUUUGAACUCUUUGUUUCCCAGGUUUGCCGUGAUCUUCCUCAAGACCUUCUUGCAUCUGAGCCUGCCAAACCAUAUCCGUUCUGCAUACGUUUCCAAACCAUCUAGGUUGUGUGUGCUGUAUGGUGUCCGUGAGUGGUAUGACCCCUAGACCCAUUCUUAUUGUUUGAUUUCUGAUCUUAUCUCUCUUGGUCUGCAUUUAAUUAAAAAUGUACAGGUAUAUAGGGGGUUGGGCUUCAGUACCACAGCAUAGUGGAGGAGCUUUCUCCUUGUGGCACCCAUGCUGACCCUUCUGCUGCUUCAGAGACCCAGAUGUUCGUGGUCUCUUAAUCCUUGAGAUGAGAUUCUUUUAUCUCCAUUCAAGUUACAGCAGAUUUCCCUACUUUCUCAACCAGGUUUGGGACUGUGUGGCAGAGUUGCGUAGGGAACGGCUUUCGUUAAUUGUGGGAACAGACUUAGGACAACUGCAUCAAACUGAACGUCCGUUUCAGUGUCAUUACUGUGACCACCAGUUCAAAAGACUUUCAAACUUGAUUGUGCGUAGGAGGAAGCACACUGGAGAGAGACCAUUCUCUUGCUCAGUUUGUACGUAGAAAUUUUUCGUAAAAAGCGAUGUGCAAAGAAACACUCCCAAGGCAUUGAAAGAAGUGAUUGAGGGAACUAAAGUUUGGUUUUUUCUUCACCAGACUUAUGUGAUAGUGAAAAACAGAUUAUGUUUAUACAUCAUAUGUAUUUUGGUCAGUAAGCUCCUAGACUGGUGUGGGGCUACAUCAUCGUUUGCCAUCAACAGUACAUUCAGUGAAAUCUUUCUGGUGUCUGUAACUAAAGUUCUGAUGUAAUUCCUUUUAUGCUGCUAUUUGUAUGAGUAUAAAUGCGAUAUAACUGCA